ACACAUUUCGCACCAUACCAUACCCUCCACACUACAUUAACGUGUGUGCCUAAUUGUAGGUAAACGUAGAUACAUUUUAUCUAUCCCUCCUGGUCCCGCCAGGUGUAAUCAUAAAAUUCGUUAUCAGGAAAUGCUCAAAUUGUAUUUUCUAAUCUAAUACAAGUUCAACGCAGACGUUUUGGUGUAAAUACCUACGACAAAUUAACAAUUUAACGAAAUGUUAAUAUACCUUUGCCCUGCAGACAAGAAAUACUCCUGUCCUUGGGAAGGCCGAUCGGAAGAAAUCCUUCACCACUUCGAAGAAAACCACGAAGACCUACUGCACUUCCAUAACAAUUUUGACAUUGACCUUCACGAACCAUCAGAAAACCAUCUCCUGUUUGUAGAAGAAGAAAUAUAUUUAGCUCAAACGGUUCUUGAAGAAAGAAGACGAUUAGAGGUGAGGCUACGGUUUUUAGGUCCAGCCCAAAUAGCAAAAGCGAUCAACUACAAUAUAUUGGUACGUGUAAAUUAUGAGCUUUGCCAUCCAAAAUAUAUAGCAGUAAAGCCUGAUGGAACUAUUGUAGUUAAUAUAGAACAAAUAGAAAAAGAUUUGGGUGAAGUUAACUUCUUAGAUUGUACUUUUAUUAUAAACAAGAACUUAUUAGAAGAUAUCAUUGAGGUUGUUCCAUUAAAUCAACAAGUUGAAGAGGAGAACACCAAUGAGGACGAAUUUGAUAAUAUAUUUGAGGAAGUGGAGACUAUGGAAAAUACAUUACCAUAUAUGCCUAAUAGGAAAUACAGUUAUAACGAAUACCAUCCCAAAAAGGGAGUAUCUUUGAGCAGAGCACAAACUAUUACCUUAUCAGAUUUGAAAAAUAGGACAUUUAAACGAGCUAAAAGUACGCUGAGCUUGGGGGCAAUCUCUGAGAUUGAUGGAGACACUUAUACAACAUGUCCCCAAUGCGGAAACAGUAUAAGACCUCCGAUAUUUCUGUGUGAUUGUGGGUAUAGAAACAGUAGCCUUGAAGAAAAUUUUGGCAGGUUUCUCCUUCACUGUAAAUACAAAAAGUAUGGCUGUCCACAAAAACUUCUGAGCACAGAACUAAAAGACCACGAAAUCAACUGUACCUUCUGCGACUAUCAGUGUCCUAUUGAAGGCUGCGCAUUCGAAGGCCAGUUCAAGCAUAUAUGUAAGCAUUUUAAGCUGAUACACGGUACCAAGAAAAUCCUCGAAUCGUUUAUUGUGACAUUUCACACAAUUCCGGAAGCUUUUCUGGUGAAUGAAGAAAAAGGUGUUUUCUACACCUAUGUCAAAUAUUUCGAUGAUCGUGUAACAUGGGAAGCAAAGUUUUGCGGUCCAAAAGAGAAAGGCUUCUUCUGUGAGCUUAAGUUUAAAGAAAGAAAAUUAAAGCAUCCUGUGCUGCUAAAUCGAAACGAGAGUGUUUACAGUAUAACGAUGACAUUGCAGGAACUGAAAAAGGAUAAAUUGAAGGCAAAAAAUGCGAUUUUAACAAUUACUUGUUAGUCUAAUGUAUUUAUUUAUAUUUUGUUAUAUAUGUGAUAUAGUUUAAAUAAACUUAGUUUUUUAUGUUAA